CAUAAUCUGAAACUAUAUAAACCGGACAAACCGAAGCAUAGAGAUUACAAAACCCCAAGAAGAAGAAAAAAAUGGAGAAUCCAAGCUCAGACACAGAAAAACUUCAACAAGAUUGUUAUAACGAAUGGAUGAGUUUACAAGCAAAACGCAUGACUGAGCUUAAAGAAGCUUUAUCCACCGGUGAAAAAGACGAUGACAAGCUUCGAGAUUUGAUACGAACAGCGAUAAAAGAUUUUGAAGACUACGCCGGAAAACGGUCGGAACAUUCCUGUCGAUUUAGUUCAAACUAUUUCGCUCCGAAAUGGAACACUUGUCUUGAAAACGCACUUCUUUGGAUGGGAGGUUGUCGUCCCUCUUCGUUUAUACGACUCGUAUACGCCAUGUGUGGGUCUCAAACCGAGCACCGUUUAAGCAACUUCUUCAAUAACACCAAUGAAGACAUCCACGGUCUAAGCAUGGCUUUGGGUGAGACACGUGGUGGAAUCGGAGCAGGAGAGUCUAUGAGUGAUCUUACGGCUGAACAGAUAAUCAAGAUCAACGAGCUCCAUCUGAAAACAAUAAAGGCAGAGAAUAAGCUGACUAAACUGUCGGCAAGCUUACAAGAAGACACGGCGGAUAUGCCUAUCGCCGUCGCAGCGUUUUACAAAGAAGUGAUCGGACAAGCUGACAUGGCGGUGGAGCGUGCGCUUGAUAAGCAUGAAGAGGAUAUGGCUGGUUUAUUGGUUCAAGCGGAAAAGCUGAGGUUGACCACAUUGACUAAAAUCGUUGAUAUAUUAACGGCAGGUCAAGCGGCGGAAUUUCUUCUCGCCGGGAAAAAACUUCAUUUGGCGAUGCAUGAGUGGGGAAGAUCAAGAGAACAUCGCCGCAUUGAAGCUAGUGGUGGUGAUACCAUUGGAGAAGUUGCCCGAGAGUAAUCGUUGUCGAUUGGACUUUAGAAAUAUGUAAAUAAGUAAUAUAACAAUAACCAAGGUCGGACAGAUCUUGGCAAUUAUAUAGUGUGUAUGAUAUAUUAGAAUUUUAGUUCAGAAAAAUUUGUUUUGUUUUGUUUCAUUACUAAAGGGGAUGUAUUGGAAUUGUAGUUCAUUUAGUGGGAUUGUGGGCCGGGGGUUUAUGGGCUUUUAAUGAAUAAAAUGUUGUUUUAUUAGAGAUUUUAGGAUAUAAUCACUAUAAUCUUCGGUUAUUUUUAGAAUUUCUAGUGAUUUUUUAAAAAUA